AUGGCCGCCGAUCUCAAGUACUACGAGCUCUACCGUCGAAGCAGUCUGGGCGGUGCCCUCACGGACACGCUGGACAAUCUGAUCACCGAGCGCCGCAUCGAGCCCCAGCUGGCCAUGAAGAUCCUCACAAACUUUGACAAGGCGGUCGCCGACGUACUCGCAGAUAAGGUGAAGGCGAGGCUGACGUUUAAGGGCCACCUCGAUACCUACCGCUUCUGCGACGACGUUUGGACAUUCAUCAUCAAGGACAUCAACUUCAAGCUCGACAACACAAACCAGGUCCAUGCCGACCGGGUCAAGAUCGUCAGCUGUAACACGAAGCGUCCAGGCGAGGCCUAGAGCUGAGUCUCUGGCUUUGCUUGCACUUCAUGGUUGCUGAAUGUAAUCCUAGGCAAAUGGAAGGGUGGUGCCCAAGAUGUUGAAGAUGAACGUUGCGGGUCCAGGGUCUGGAAGUGGAAAUUUGAACUGAAGAGGAAGCAUGAGUAACGCGUCAAUUGGAGACACUCGGAGCGAUAUCACACGGACUGCAUUGGAUUGCUUGAAUUCUGGCGUUAUGGAACAAGACAGGAAUGGAUACCACGGACAUGGUCUGGAGUUGAGGUUAUGACACUCGCAUCACGCUUAACGUGAAGGCCUCCAGAGCUACAUACGCACUAUGUGAAAACAGAACAAAGAUCGCAAUACAAUGUUUUGCGCGAAAUACACAGUAGACUUUAAAUCACCUCCCUUGUGUAG